AUGUCCAAAUUAAUCGCUGUUCCAACUUUUGGCAAAACAUUUAUCAAGGUAGUUGAAGAGAGUAAAAAGCCAGUGAAGGUAAACCAUGCCAAGCUAAUGUCAGAACUGGCCUACGGCGAAUAUGGCACAACAAUGAUAAAACCCAAUCCUUUCAAGGUCAACAAGGCACGUGCGGAUUAUGACUUGAAGGGUGUUAUAGGUGGAGUACGGAACUACCAGCUAAUGAAUCGAUUAGAUAAUCUGAAUUCUGUGGUUUAUCGAUGUCCGUACUUUUCACUUGCAUUCUAUCCUCCCGAGCACUUCAUGGGAUUGGCAAAAAAGAGCACCCCAGCUAUACAUAUCCACUAUAAGAAACCAUCGUUUUUUUUGAAUGCAAAUCUUCGGAACGGGAAGUCACUUGAAGAAAACAUAAAGUUCUUGCAAUCGAAUGCAUUUCAAGACCAAAGAGCCAAAUUGGAUAAAAAAUUGGGCACUUCCUUCUUAUCUUUGUUUCCCAAAGACUGGGCCUACAUUCGUGUUAGAGUUAGGAAAUUGUUAAGGCCAUGUUUCCACGAUGCCUGGACGGAAUUCAGGGCACCUGAUGGCCUCUACAUAUAUAACAUUAACAUAUUCUCUGAUAAGAACAACGAGAAAGAGUACCAAAAACAUAUACGGCAAAGCGUUGAAGCAGUAGCAAAAAUGGACAUGAAAGCAUUCGUUCGAAACAAGAAGGGCCAAAAUUGGGUACAUUUCGACAACAGCCGUGUAAAUGUCAGCGUACUAAAUCGCGUACUAAGCUUAGAAUUGGCGCCCUUUCGUUACAAAAGAGUCCCGUGA